AUGAACGCGAAGUAGUAAGGUGUAAAACAUAGUAGAAUUGUGUUUUUUUUGUCCAAAACUGCAGCAAAACAAAUGCAAUAAAAAUUAAAAACAGCACAAACAUCGAUGCUAGCCAAUGGGGAGGAACUUAGCCAGUGCGUGAAAAAUUUGUAAUUAAAAAAGAGAUAGUAGUGAACCGGUAAAUACUUUGCGAAGGCCAAAAAAAAGCCACACACAAUGGAAGACACAGUAGUAGGAGUAUGUUGAAUAAGUGUGUAGUAGUAGUGUAGCUGUGCGAAUUAGCGUGUGAGGCCACAACUGACGAAAUUAACGAAAAGAGACGGAACAAAGCAAAAACACAAAACAUAUAUUUGAAGCGUAAAAAAGAUAAAUAAUAUACACAUAUAAUAGCAAAAACAAUAACCAAAAUGCUGAAGCAAGUGAAAAAAUAAUUAUAUUAAAGUCGCGUGCGUGCCACAGCGAAACAAAACGCCGGGAAUGCUAAUGCUGCUGGCCGUGCAGCAGCUGACGUCUAUAUAUAUGUAUAUAUACCUAUAUAUAUCUAUAUAAUACGUCAUACAUAUAUAUAAUGCUUUUGGCCGCCAGCGGGCAAGCAGCGCCCUAUACCUACGACUCGAAUGCGACGCGAAAGAUAUCCAGCAACAACAAUAACAACAGCAAUGCUAGCACAGGCACACCAACCGCUUCUGGAGCAGCGGGGACGGCUACAACAGGGUCAACGGUACGUCCCACAACUGCCAGCAGCAUUGCUAGCAAUGCGGCCACAGCGAUAAUGAAAACGCUUUCUGUGCGCCUGCAUCGUGGCACCGAAUUCAUCAAGGAUACCGUUACCAAGGCACUGGUCAUGUCCGCAACGCCAGUGAUGCAGGUGCAGGCGCCAGCGCAGGUCAAGCCGUUGGAAAUUAAUCAGAAUUUUAAGCGAAAACCCACAGGUGUUGGUGGUGUCAUAGCCAUACACAACAAAAUGGAGCGCCAAAGCUGCCACGAAAAGCCCCAGCUCAUCGGCCAGUACACUCAGCCAUAUGUUGCUCCGACAGCUGCAUUUCUGCGUCGCUUUACUGUGGCACCCUCGGCGUUGCAUCGUUCAGCUCAGGCACGCAAACGCAAUCCCAGCACUGAUAGCUUACUCAUGGACCUGUGUUUAUUCAAGCCCAUACGCCCCGUGGCCAUAACGCCUAUCAAAAUCAACAAAGCAAGAGGUUUUGAACUUAAGCGUCCAAAAUUUGUGCCUCCAAGCAGCAAUCUAUUUAGUGAUGAUGAUGAUGAUGAAGACGAUGAACAGGAAGCAGAGCUAGAGCAACAUAAGCCAAAUCUCAGCACUCUGAUAUUGCCACAAUAUGCCACCGCUUCGGCCUUUGUGCCACAUCAAAACACAGCCAACACACACACCUCAGGCUCUGAUACCGGAGCUGCUACUGCUACAGACACAGUCAAGCCAAAGGCAACAGCCACAAAACGACGACGACGUGCGCCACUGCUUGCAGCCAGAAAACGACGUAAAGCUGCCCCAUCAUUUCCAACAGCAGCAGAAGCAACAUUGUCAACAACAGCAAUCGCAUUAGCAGCUCCAAAAGUUACUGUAGAAACAAAGAAAUCAGCUCCAAAGCGCAAAAGACGCUCCAUAUCGCCGUUGCCUCGCUCACCGCCAAUGACCCGUCAACGUGCGCGUCUACAGAUCUCUGCCAGCAGCGGCAAGUAAAUGCAUCAGCUGGACACACACACACACACACACGUUCACUCCUUAUUCUCUGUCUCACCAUGACUUAAUGUCAGCUAAAUAUUUGUUAUUGUCAAGUGAAUUCAUUGGAACGCAAAAUGAUAUUCAAUGCCUAGAGCUGUUAUAUCAUACAAGCAGAUGUUGCAGUUUGCAAGAUUUUGGUUAUAUUUAUCGUAGACAAGUCAUGACAAGUGAAGUCCUAGCUGACGUAUCCAAAAAGUAGUCCCUUUAUGGAAUGAUUUAUAUUUUGUGUUUGUCCAAGUCUAAUGCCAAAUUAAAAAGCUUUUUUGCUUCAAUUAUGCAAUAUGCUUUUUUUUAAGUUUUGAUUUUGUAUUUUUUAUGUAUUGUAUGAAAAUUCAGCUGUUGGGAUAAGUUUCCAUUUAUACUUCACUUGCUUUAAGUUAAAAAAUGCUUAAAUAUGCUUUGUAAGUUUAACUGGUCUUUAAGACUGAUGGCAUAACGAAUAUAACGACAACAAGAUUAAGAACUCAUGAAAAAAUAUCAACUGAUAUGCAAAAUGCAAAACAACCUUUGAGAAUUUAAGUUUAAGCAACUCCCCAAUCAUAAGCAAAAAGUAUUAAAA